CUGUCCUCCUCUAGAGCCUCCUUUUCCGUCGACGCCUGCAGGAAAGAAGAAGCCAGCUGCUGCUCUUCAACAUGGCAACGCUGCUACCGCGACACAAAAACACGUGGACCUCGAUGAUCCGAAUUGCCCUACAUCGCCGCCUUCCCGAUCCUAACAACCAAGUGUAUUACGAGUAUGAGAGCGACAGUGAUGGAGAGUGCCCGCCUACCCCGGAGCCGGCCACGUUAGAAUCAGAAGACUACAUCGAUGGUGAUGAGGGGUUCUCACCCUAUCUGCGAAAUUGCCCGGGGUAUGCAAAUCUCGCGUUGGAGCACUACAACAGCCAAAAGAAGAACGAGAUCAAGUAUCAGCUCAUCAAACCGAUCAUCAGCUGCGUGAUAAGAUAUGAUGGUUCCUAUCAUCAUGUGAAUUUCACGGCAAAAAGCACCUUGGAGGGUUCAAAGGAGGAGUUCUUCUUUGCAGAACUACGAUAUUGUCAUGAUACACAUGCUUGGGUACCCGUAUCCUUAGUUUCUAUGGAAGAACAUGAGAGAGUUGGUGGGUUUUCAGAAAUCAGGAUGCUUGGUGUUGAUCCUCGCCAUUGUUUCGCCUGUGGAGAUGUGGUGAAGCACCCGGUGGAUGGAUCAUUGUAUGAGGCUGGCCAUUAUUUAGUUGAUGAUUACUACUUUCGUAGAUAUAUCGAAGUACUUCCUUCAACUUAACCAGGUGAAGUGCAAGACUAAAGUGCAAGACUAGUCAUAUAGCGGCCCAACGUGGGGUCGAGGAUUGUGGGUUUGAGGAUCUGGAUGUGUUUCUUCUCCCACAUGUCUGCUGGGUGAAGCAGCAGAUAACACUCUUGGGGUAUUCUCCACUGACAGCAGCCAAGCUACUUCAUUGCUU